UGGAAGGCAGUUUUGUGGGCACCCGUGGCAUGCCAUCCCCGCCUCCCACCUCCUAGGGAGCUACAGCUGCAGCGUCUUUACCUCUCAAGCUGAGCCAUGUCAAAGCCCUGGCUGCUGCUUCUCCUGACCCUGGGAACUUCAGCUCUUCCCACAGGUGUGUGUACUGCUCCUUUCCCAUCGAUGGCUCCCCCGCUCACCCUGUUGGUAGAUGGGAAACAGAAGACACUGGUGAUCUGCAUGGUUUUUGAUGUCUCUCCUUCAUCUGCGGACGGCUCCAUCUGGUUCUCAUCUGGUAACGGCACCACCUUGGAUGCCUUCACUUAUGGCCCUUUGCCAGCCGGGGAUGGCACCUGGAGCAGCCUGGCCCAGCUUUCCCUCCCUGCUGAGGAGCUGGCUUCCUGGGAACCUCUGGUCUGCCACACAGGGCCAGGCUGGCAGGAUCCAGGCCCACGCACCCGUCCUCUUCAGCUAUCUGGUAAGCCCAUGGGCGACAAGUGCCAGCGGGAGCCAACCACUGGACCACACAGCCUCUCCCAGACACUGAUCCUAGGGGCCAUUCGGCUCAUCCUCUUUAAGCUGCUUAUGUUUGAUGUGCUAAUGACCUGCAGCCACCUCCGGGCACUGGGGAUCACAGCCACAAACAGUACUGACCUUGGGAUCCAACAUAGGGGGUCAAGAGUCUAACUCCUGGGACUGAAAGUCAACAUGCAGAAAUUCCUUCCCUCCUGCCCCCAUCAUAUGAAGAGGUUGUUGGAUCUUGGCCGAACAAGGAGAGAACUUUGAGGCUGACAGAUGGGAAUCCUGCGUAUAUAACCGCCUCACCUUUACCUUAUGGGAAUACAAGUAGUCUGAUGAUAUUGUUCCCUAUAGUUGGGAACAGUCUCCAUUUCCAGCCACCAGACUAAUCACUCCUCUCUUUUAAAGACCUCUUUAGGAUCACCAUCCUCCAUGAAGUAUAGGAGGUAUCAAAUGUUUCCCCACCUAUUGUUUAUCUCUAUGUUCAAUUGUGUAAAUGUUAUACUCACCUUGGCUUCCUCUCCUGGGAAGUCAGCUCUACGGCUUCUCAUACUUGAGAAGUCUACAUGCCCCAUCAGACUUCAAGCUCUCGGAGGCCAGGGCCCAAGUCUCUUGCAUCACACUAGGAGCACUCCCAGAGCUUCAGCUCUUAAGGAGUCCCUAGCCUGGAAUAAAUACACAGACACAGACAUAUACAUAUAAGGCACACAGGAAAAAGCAGGAGACUAACUAAAUAUAUAAUGGAAUGUAGCACACCUUGGGAACUGUCAAGGAGUGGGAGUGGGACCAGGAUAGACACCUGCUAGUCAGGAAAAAACACCCAGCAUGCCCUGACCAAGUGACUAAAUGGGUUGAGACAGUGUCUAAAAAGCUAAGUCUAUCUCCCAUCCUAAGGGAUGGAGGAACAGAAGCUUGGGAGAGGUAAGAAGUGCGAGGAUGAGUCUGGAAAGGAGUAGGCUGGAGUCCCAGGCUGCCAGACUAUCUCACCAAAGCCACCACCCUGAGUAGAACCUGGUGUUCUUCUGGGACAGGCAAGCAGAACAGCUUCCCUUAAGCAUCACAACAUCAGAGAAGUGACAGUCCAAGGAUGAAGAAGAGGAGGCUUUAACACUGAUACAAAGGGGAAUAUGACUAGGGCUGAGCAGAAGCCACAAAGAACAGACACAGACUGCCCUACCGACUGUGCUGCUAAGACAGAAAUGAUGAUUUCUACUCUCCCUUUUCACCCUCUCAAUCUCUCAAGGGAGAGAUGAUCUUGCUUCCUAAUUUGUUCUUCAAGACUUUGUAUUGCUUUCUAUUUCACUAUUUGUUUGAAAAGAAACUUGUUUUUCUGAGAUAAUAAAUUCAUUGAAUUA